AGGUAUUGUUAAUAAGCGUGGAACCACUGGUAAAUUGAUGGCGGGAUCAGUCAUUGAAUGGGGACGUUUCUUACUUGUGGGAGAAGUGCUAUGGUGAAAAUUUGGAGGGGUAGAAAACAGGUGGUAGGUUAAAUUUGGAGAAGGGAAGACACGAGAGGAAGUCAAAAUAAUUGAAUAUACUAGAAAGCUCACGGUUGUGAGUGGCGAGGAAAAGCAGACAAUUUUCUAAUAGCAAUCACAGAAAUGCAGCGUUUAUCAUUUCAUCAACUAGUUGAGCUGUACAGUAACGUAGAUGACAUCACUGCACCAGGAAUUAUUAUUUUAAUAGAAAUGAAGCCAAAGGUUAAAAAAAACGCUCGCCCAUUUAUUUGCUAUUAUGAUUUAAGUAACAGAUAACAGACACGAAUACUGAUUGUGUAUUCAAACAUUCGCCUGUAAAUACUUAAUACAUUUUAAACAAAUUUCCAAACUUCUUACUGUUGCAAAUUCCACAAGGACAAGAAGAUGGGUGAGUGGGGAGAGAAUGGACGACCAGUCAGUGAAGGCAUGAAAUGUAAAAGUUACCUCCGCUUGCUGGUCGAAACAGCAGCUACGCGGAGUUUAGAUCACCUUUAUGCGUUAAGCUUUCGGCUGCGCACUAAACAAACUUCCUUUCCUUUUAAAUGGCAUCUCCUCUCCGGUAUGAUAUUAACUUAAAUUUCCAACAUGGUAGGUGAGGUUGUUGUUGAACAGCCCGUUGUUGUCAUGUCCCCGCAGUGCCGGUAGUGGUGCUGUAAGGAGAGUCUGCUGAUGACUGAACUAAAAACCCCAGCAGCUCUUUCCUGCUAAAUUCUGUUGGAGAUAAACUACAUUUAGAUGCAUCAAGGAAUCAAACUAAAUGAUAUCCCGGUAGUGAAACGGAAUUCUAUGUUAAAAAUAACGAAUAUCAGUGCAUAAUUAGUCCGGUUGAUUAUAAUAAGCCUUUACGGACUCUAUCCGGAGUGUACACCGUGCACAGCACAUACCAAUUGAAGGUAAGCGGAUCUGUUGUAAAGCCUGGGGCUCGAGUGGAAGAAGAACCCGAGGUACUGUGGAAGACGAGGCCGUCGCCGCUGCUACCCGAGGCCGGGGGAUUACAAGCUGAUGUUCUCAAGGACAAGAGUCACGUGAUGUAUGAAGGCAAACACAUACACUUCUCUGAGGUGGACAACAAGCCGUUGUGCUCAUACAGCCCGAAGCUGUGCAAGCAGCGACGACUCAACGGCUAUGCCUUCUGUAUCCGCCACGUCCUGGAGGACAAGACCGCCCCCUUCAAGCAAUGUGAAUAUGUGGCCAAGUACAACAGCCAACGUUGCACCAAUCCCAUCCCCAAGUCAGAAGACCGCAGAUACUGUAACAGCCACCUGCAGGUGCUGGGGUUCAUCCCCAAGAAGGAGCGCAAGAAGAAGCACGACGCGCUGGAGGAGAUGCGCUCGCGGCCCCACCUGGAGUCCGUGGCCCUCAACAUCACGGUGCCCUCGCUGGCCCUGAAGACGCCCAACGGGCUGGACGAGCGGCCGGCCUCGCCCCCGCGGGCGGGCCUGCUGAGGCUGUCGGAGGUGGAGCUGCUGGACCCCUUCGCCUUCCAGGAGGACGAGGCGGACGGGGAGGAGGGCGCCGCCCGGAAGGGCUCGGCCGUCAGGAAGAAGCUGCAGAGCCGGCUGGCGCUGAACCAGGCGCUGCGGCUGCGCGAGGCCGACCUCCUCCCCAAAGCGCCGCCGCCGCCGCCGCCGGAGCACCUCAGCCCCCCGCCCGCCCCCAGCCUGCGGCCGCCGCCCCCCUCGCCCACGCGGGCCCGCCCCCACCUCGCCCCCCAGCAGCAGCAGCAGCAGCCGGCGGCGGCGAUCCUCCCGCAGGCCCAGCGCCCCUACCUGCCCCCCGCCUGCCCCCCCGCACUGCAGCAGGGUUUAAUAUGCAAGCCAGCACCACCUCAGACCGGCGUCCCGCCCCCUCCCGGGCUGCCGCCCGGCGCCGCCCACGGCCCGGCGCAGUCCGCCGCCGGUCCCUCUCUCGGCAGGAAGGCCCCGCCCCCGGUCCCGCCCAGCCCGGGCGGGGCCUGGGAGGGCCCGCAGCGCGCGGUGAUCAUGCGCGCCGCCGCGUUCGCGCCCCCGCCCGCCUGCUUGGCGCGGCUGCAGCGCCUGGUGCAGCUCUGCUCUCAGCGACAGCAGCAACACGGAGACCUCUUCCCUCACCUAGGGCUGGACUGGUCUGAAGACAGUGCGGAGGAUGAGGACGAAAUGGAAAGAGUUCCUCCCUAUCAGUAUUCCUGUAGGCUUCAGGAAAGAUGCUUACAGGACAACUCGGACGAAGAGGCCGACGGCUCGCGCAGCACCAGGCUGGCCCGCCUGUGCUCGUACCUGCAGCAGAAGUACAAGCACCUGUGCAGGCAGGAGCGGGCGGCCAUGCGCCAGAAGAGAUACCGCUAUGCCUUCCGCAAAGCCCUGCUGCGCGCGGCCAGCAAGGACCCCGACUGCACCGGCCAGCUGAUCCAGGAACUGCACAGGGCUUCCCAGACGCCUUCCAGCGCACAGUCAGCAGUGCAGCGGGACGCGGAGUCUGGGCUCUGCACGGGACACACUAAAGGCCAGGCCUGCGAGAGUCGAGCGCUGCCUUUCACCCGACACUGCUUCCAGCACAUCCUGCUGAACCGCUCCCAGCAGCUCUUCACCAGCUGCACCGCCAAGUUCGCCGACGGGCAGCAGUGCGCCAUCCCCGUGUUCGACAUCACGCACCAGACGCCCCUCUGUGACGAGCAUGCCAAAAAAAUGGAUAAUUUCCUUCGCGGGGACAGCAACCGCAGGGUGCAGCAGCACCACCAGCAGCAGCAGCACCACCAGCAGCAGCAGCAGCAUCAGCAGCAGCAGCAGCAGCAGCGCAAGCCGCGCAAGAAGACCAAACCGCCGGCGCUCACCAAGAAACACAAGAAGAAGCGGAGGAGAGGCCCGCGGCGGCCGCAGAAGCCCAUCCCGCCCGCCCUGCCGCAGGGCAACCUGGGCAUGCCCUCCAGCCUGGCGCUGCCCUCCCAGAGCGCCAGCAUCAGGAGUCCUUCGACCCCAGACCUGAGUACAGACGAGCUUCCCGACGACAUCACCAAUGACAUCACAGACAUUCCGAACGACCUGGAGCUCAACCAGGAGGAUUUCUCGGACGUGCUGCCCAGGCUUCCAGACGACCUGCAGGACUUCGAUCUGUUUGAAGGUAAGAACGGAGAGCUGCUGCCCACCACAGAGGAAGCGGAGGAGCUGGUGCGGGCGCUGCAGGCCAUGAGCUCCUACACGGACUCCUUGGUGUGCCUGAGCUCCAUGGGGGAGCUGACGCAGUCGGACGCGGUGGACCACCGCACCAUGGCCGUGUUCUCGGGGCCCGGGGUCCAGGGCGGGGCCAUGGGGGACCUGCUGAACGGCCGCAUCCCCGCCGAGAACUUCUCCAGCCUGGAGCUGGACGAGAACCUGCUGCACCCCGCGGGGGAGCACUUCCCCCCCGCCCCGUCGCCCCACACGCCCGCCCCUCCCCCGCCGCCUCUCCCCCCCUCCUCCUCCGCGGCCGCCACCCUCCUCGCGCAGGGCCCCAUGGCGGAGCCGCCCUUCCCGCGGACGCACCCCUCCCACCUCCUGGCCAAGCCGGAGGUGCCCGCCUCCUCGCCGCACGGCAGCCACUACAGCAGCGAGCACGUGCCCUCGCCCUACAGCGACCACAUCUCCUCCCCCCACGCCGCUGCCGCCUCCUUCCAGACCGACUCGCCCCUGCUGCUGGAGGUCCCCCUGGGCGGGGUGCCCCCCCGCUCCCCCUGGAACAGCCUCCCGCUCCCCCUGACGGACCCGGCGCAGUUCGGCAACCUGGUGGGCCCCGAGGGCCACCUGCUGUCCACGUCGCUGUCCACGCCCCCCUCCAGCGCCGCGCACUCCCUCACCCUGCGGCCCACCGCCGCCCUCUCGGCGCUCCCCCAGGGGGCGCUGACGGGGCUGGCCCUGCCCCCCGCCUCCACCUCCACCUCCUCCCCGCCCUCCUCCUCCUCCUCCAUCUCCGUCUCCUCCUCCUCGGCGUCCUCGGCCCCCCUCGAGCUCCUGGCCUCGGGCCAGCCCAAGCAGCAGCUGCCCCAGUUCAGCGCCGCCUUCGGCCACCAGCUGGCCGCGCACAGCGGCAUCCCCAAGGACGUGCAGCCCAGCCACAGCUCCACGGCGCCCCCCUCAGGCUUCUCCAUCGCCAGCGCCACGGCCGCCAGCGCCAACAGCGCCAUGCCCCCCUUCACCACGCAGUGACCUCCGAGAUCCUUCUCGCGGUAAAUCCUGGGAUUUGGCUCCUCUCCCGCCCCUCACUUUCCGCCAUCUUCCCCCCCAGCCCGGGCACUUCUGCACUGCGGUUUGAGCGGUCAUGGAUGCCGAUGUCUCUCAAGGCACC